GUAGAUGUCAUAGAUUUAGCACUGAAGCCGAGGAGGAUGUGAAAACAGAGCAAACGGACCAUUUUAAGGACGAUUAAAGGGAAUAAAUACUAUUUGUGAUUUGUUUAAAGGCACACAGAGCAGACGAAAUGUUCUUAUUGGUAUAUGUGACAGUUGUGGGGCUGUUUUCUGCGGUUGGAGGAGCCAAGGAUGGAGACGACGACUGGGUUCAUCUGCCGAACAAAUGUGAAGUCUGUAAGUUUGUGAGCAUCGAGAUGAAGUCAGCCUUUGAUGAAACGGGGAAAACAAAAGAAGUCAUUGGCACAAACUACCACUUGGAUGGGAAGGGGGCACCACCAAUCAAAUACGUCAAGUCAGACCUGCGCUUCAUUGAGGUCAUAGAGAACGUGUGUCAGCGUCUGCUGGAGUACAACCUACACAAAGAGAGGUCUGGCAGUAACCGCUUUGCCAAGGGCAUGUCAGAGACCUUCUCUACCCUUCACGGUUUGGUGAGUAAAGGGGUGAACGUGGUGAUGGAUAUCCCAUACGAGCUGUGGAAUGAGACGUCUGCAGAGGUGGCUGACCUCAAGAAACAGUGUGAUGUGCUGGUAGAGCGGUAUGAGGACGUCAUUGAGGACUGGUACAAAGGAGACCAGGAGGAGGACCUGACUACGUACCUGUGUGAGAAACAUGUUCUCAGAGGACAGGACACAGACUGCCUGAGUGAGGUGUGGACAGCCAAAAAGAAGGGGGAUCAGGCAUCCAUUGCAGAGGACAAGAAGAAGAAGACCAAGAAGAAGGGUAAAGGGAAGAGCGACGAGCGAGGAGAUGGUGGUUUGGACGGAGACAAAACGGACAAGAAGAAGAAAGACAAGAAGGUGAAGAAGAAGAAAAACAAAGCCCCAGUGGAGAGGAUGGAGGGGGGCGGGGUUUCAUCCGACCAGGACGUCCAAGUGCCGGUGCCUCUGAGUGGACAGAAGACGGAGCUGUGAGCCCAGGACCUGGACCUGGACCAGGACCAGGACCUGGACCAAGUUGGACUGCGCCUGCUGAGACUGAGCAGGGAUUGUCUCAUGUCACCCAGUGUCCCUGGUUUGGUUCAGUCUGUCCCUGUGUCCUUUCCACAAUGUCCACCACACGUCCAUGAGUUCCGGAUCCUUCUUGUAGUUUUAUUUGGACCGAAUAUGAACAAUGAAAAUCCAGUUUACUCCCACAUUUCCAACAGAUGAUCCUGUUCAGACACACAGUCGGUUCUUUGUAUGUAAAUGAUAGAACCAACCAGGACUCAUCAUCAGAUUGAACCAGAAUAUGUAGAAGGACGUCUUCUGAUCCAAAAAUAGUCCAAGAUCUGUAUUCUUAUGGUUUUUCUGUAGAUGUUCCAUCUUUUAAAGAACAAACAUUUGAUGGAAUCCUCAUCCAUUCACAGUCUGAGUUCAUACCGACCGGUACCAGGACCAACCACCCACAUGGAUCCAGUUGGUCUGGUAGUCCUUCAGUAGUCCACUUCAGGGUCCGCUUUGGUCUGUUGGACCAGGGCCUGGCGUUCUGGUGCUUUGGUGAACAGGGGCAGAAUGGUUUCAGAGGUCCCAUGAGGAAACUGCAUGGCUCAGAUGACUGGUUCUGGUCCGACUGACUGGUUCUAUAACAAUAGUCAAUUGUUAUAGACUAUAAGAAUAGUCUAUAACAAUAGUCAACCCAGUUCCACCUGACAAUUUAUCCUGAAAUUAGGAACCGAUUUUCGUGAACUUUGCCCCCGAUGACAAAUGAGUCUGAACGGUGGGAGUCAAGACACUGGAGUAAAUACAGACAGUUUCCUAAAUUCUAGGAGUUGUGACGUUUUGCCAGUUUGGCUGUGAAAUGAACCUUAACUCUUUAAGUGCCAGACAGUUAAGGGGCUAAUAAGCCUUAAAAGUGCCACAGAAU